UUUGUUGACGGGGAGGAAGAAGCGGAGGGCUCCUCUCUCUCUCCCCGUCCAUCUCAUCCGCGUCAAAUCCAGUUCUUGCUCAGCGACUGCACUAUUCUUCAUCUCCAAUUCGGGCCUUUCUUUCCUUUCUCGCACCGCAUCACCCCAGCCAUGAAAAAAAGAAGCGGCGGCGCCGGACACGCAUUCCAUCAGCUUCUGCAGCAGCUGGGCGAUGACCCCAACCCCCUCGAAUUCCAGCUCCCGGACUGGUUAAAGAAGCAGAAAUCCAUGCCCUACACCUUCAUAAGGCGCAAUGUGUAUCUCACCAAAAAGAUAAAAAGGCGUGCUGAGGAUGACGGCAUCUUCUGCUCCUGCAGUCCUUCUUCUGGGGCAUCGGCUGUCUGCGACAAAGAUUGCCUAUGUGGAAUGCUUUUGUCCAGCUGCUCCCAAAGCUGUAACUGUGGAGACUUGUGUGUUAACAAACCAUUUCAAUAUCGACCUGUAAAGAAAAUGAAAUUAAUUAAGACAGAGAAAUGUGGAUCGGGGCUAGUAGCAGAUGAAGAUAUAAGACAAGGAGAUUUUGUGAUUGAAUAUGUGGGCGAAGUUAUUGAUGACAAAACCUGUGAGGAACGGCUGUGGAAAAUGAAGCACUGCGGCGAGACCAAUUUUUAUCUAUGUGAGAUUAAUCGAGACAUGGUUAUUGAUGCCACAUACAAAGGAAACAAGUCUAGAUUUAUAAAUCAUAGCUGUCAGCCUAAUACAGAGAUGCAGAAAUGGACAAUUGAUGGUGAAACUCGAAUUGGUAUAUUUGCAACGCGUGACAUAAGAAAGGGAGAGGAACUGACCUAUGAUUAUCAAUUUGUACAAUUUGGAGCAGAUCAAGAUUGCUAUUGUGGUGCUAUAGGUUGCAGGCAGAAACUGGGAAGCAAGCCUAGCAAGCUUAAGUUAUCUUCUUCAGAUACUGCUUUGCAAUUAGUUCUUUGUGAGAUGGCGGCCUCAUCUCCCACUGUGAAGGCUCUUCUUUAUGGAAAGGAUGGUUUGCCAAAUGGAAGAUCUGAUAUAGGAAGUUCACAUCUUUCUGUUCCUUUCAAAAAAAAGAGCAGCUUCCAGAAUUGUAUUGGGGAACUUGUGCGAAUAUGGUCCCCUCUGUAUAAAAGGUACUACGGGGGAGUUAUACUUGAAUUCAACUGUUGCUCCAGAAAACACACUAUCAUUACAGAGGAUGAGCAGAUUGAAGUUCUUGACAUGUCAAAGGAGGACUGGGAUCUUUUAUGAUAUUUUGAUGUUAUCUUGAUAGUAUUAUGUUGAAGUGGUUUAAAUGUGAACGUUAUGCAAGUGCAAAAUGGAAGUCGUCAAUUUGACCUUAACAUGCUAUGUAUGCAAAAUGUCGAAGUCCUCGGAUCACUAGCUUCGAUACCUGGAUCUUCAGAAACCAUUGGAAUACCUUGUCAAAAGCAGCUUUUAGGUAGUGGAUGGAUCACCGUCGUGUUAUCACAAGGGUAACAGUCCUGUGCAUCUUAGUACGAGACAGUGAUAACCCUGAUGCCAAAAGUUUCUGUGUGCUCUCUAGUAAUGCAGUUUUUAAUUCAGUAAUACAGCUUCAUCUGUAAAGCUGAGCAAUUUGAAAACUUUCCCCAAGCAAUUUGUACAGCUGUCAAAAUGUCAGAGCUUUAGAUUUUCAUUGUAAGGAGAGAGGAUAUUGCUCAGCUAACUACUUCAUUGCAUCCAAAACUGAACCCCAAGCUUAUG